GUGGGAUGCAUCUGCUUGUAUAUAAAUAAGAAGCUUAGGCUUCUUUAGAUUAUAUACAUAUAGAAGUUAAAAAAAAGUAACAUAUAGCUGAGAGAGAAGUGAAAACAGAGAGAUGAUGAUGAUGAUGAAGUGGAAAUGGUUAAGGUUUAUUAGGAUGGCAGUAAUGUUGUUGGUGUUAGAAGGAUGCAGAUGGUGUACUACUGAUGCUUGUUUGGAGCAUGAGAGAAUCGCUCUCUUGCAUCUCAAACCUUUCUUCAAUGAUGGUAAUCAAUUGAAUAGUUGGGUUGAGGUGAAGGGUUCAGAUUGUUGUAAAUGGGAAAGAGUUGAGUGUAACACCACCACUAGGAGACUCAUACAACUCUCCCUUAAUUCUACAAAAUGGGAAUACGACAUGGAUAAUAGGAAUCUCAAUGCCUGGUAUCUCAAUGCCUCUAUGUUUCUUCCCUUUGAGGAAUUGAAGAGUCUUUAUUUGUCGGGGAAUGCCAUAAGUGGUAAUCUUGAAAAUGAAGGCUUUGGAAAACUAUCAUCCACGUUGAGUAAUUUGGAGAUCCUUGACUUAAGUGAAAACUACUUGAAUGACAGCAUUUUGUUAUCUUUGAGUGAGCUUUCAUCUCUCCGGUAUUUAGAUCUAUCACACAACAAAUUAGAAGGAUCAAGUCAUCUAAGAGGUUUUCAAUUGCUUUCAAGACUCAAUAACUUGGAAACUCUUGAUUUAAGUUGGAAUUCUUUGAAGAAUAGCAUUUUGUUCCAUAUGAGAAAUCUUUCAUCCUUGAAGACUUUAAGAUUGAGUGGUAAUGAGUUGAAAGGAAGGAUGGAUCAUAUUCAAGAUGGAACACAAUUGAGGCUAACAAACUUAGAGGAACUUGAUUUGAGUGGUAAUCUCUUUCGGAACAACACAAUUUCCUUUCUUCAAGGGCUUUCAAGCCUAAAGUCCUUGAAUAUGAGGUCGAACAGUUUGCAAGGCUCAUUAGAUACUAAAGGAUUGAGCAAUUUAACAAAUUUGAAGAAACUCGAUUUAAGUGGGAAUCAAAUUGAAAGCUUUCAAUCCUUUAAAGAUGGUGGUAGAAAAUUGGAGUUGACCCACUUGGAAGAGCUUAAUUUAGAUGGAAAUCUCUUCAAUACUAGUGCAUUUGCAUCCCUUAACAAGCUUUCAAAUUUGAAAUCGUUGAGCAUAAGGGUCAAUCAAUUGAAAGGAUCAAUAGAUAUGAAAGAUUUGGAAGCAUUUAUCAAAUUAAGGGAACUAGAUAUGAGCUAUAAUGAAUUGAGAGAUUUUGUGAUCCACCAAGAUUCAAAUGUGUUGAGCAAUUUGGAGGAAAUAUAUCUUGACAAUUCUACUCUCAACACCAACAUUUUGCAAAGCAUUGGAGUAUUUGCUUCUCUUAAAACAUUGUCUUUAUCUGAUUGUGGACUUAUUGGUCCCUUACCUAAUCAAGGAUGGUGUGAUCUAAGGAACCUUGAAGUGUUGGAAGUGAGUGAGAAUGCACUUGAGGGGAUGCUUCCUCAUUGUUUUAGUAACUUGACAUCUCUUCGUGUGUUAGAUAUUUCAAGAAACCAUUUUCAAAUUCCACUGUCAUUUGCACCAUUUGCAAACCUUUCAAACCUCAAAGCCCUCUCCAGUAAUGAAAACAAAAUGGUAUUGGAACCUUCCUUUUAUACCUCAAUCCCAAAGUUCCAAUUGGAAGUCAUCAGUUUGUCAAAGUGCAUAACAUCUCAACAACUCAGUCGAAAAGUUCCUACCUUCCUUUACUACCAAUAUGACUUGAGAUAUGUGGAUCUUUCUCAUAACAAUCUCAGUGGAACUUUACCAACUUGGUUGCUAGAAAACAACACAAAGUUAGAAGAACUCAUCUUGAAGGGUAAUUCAUUUACAGGUCCUCUCUCACGUUCGUCAGCUCUUAUUUCUAAUGUAUCUUCAAUUGACAUAUCUGAAAACAAAUUACAAGGUCAAAUUCCGACUGGUAUAUGUUCAACUUUUCCACAUUUGAGGCGGUUACUCUUAUCCAAGAAUGCUUUUGAAGGUAAUAUCCCACUUUGUUUAAGUGGCAUGAAGUACUUAUCAUUUUUAGAUCUAUCAAACAAUCAAUUGUAUGGAAAAGUACCAGAAGAGUUGAUCACGAAAGGCUCACUGAUCAUUUUGAAACUAUCAAAUAACAACUUCAGUGGAAAUGUAGUUCCUGUGAUUCUCAGCGCGAAUGGGGUGGAGAAUUUAUAUUUGGAUGGAAAUAAUUUUUCAGGAGAGAUGACAAAUGUUAAUGCCUCUACUUUUGAGUUUCCAUAUUCACUAAGCCAAAUUGAUCUCAGUAACAACAAGUUGCAUGGAAAGCUCCCAAGAUGGAUAGGGAAUGCAUCAUUUUUGUGGAGAUUAGAUUUGUCUAAUAAUGGUUUUGAAGGUUCUAUUCCAAUGGAAUUUUGCAAGUUGAAUAGGUUGGAAUUUUUGGAUCUUUCUCAGAAUAAUUUAUCUGGCUCUAUACCGUCAUGUUUUAAUCCACCAUACAUAGAGCAUGUCCACAUCCACGGGAAUAGACUGAGAGGCCCACUGUCGCUUGCUUUUUAUAAUAGCUCUUCAAUAGUGAGUUUAGAUCUUAGAGGAAACAAUUUGACAGGUAGUAUUCCAAAAUGGAUUUACACGCUUUCUUCUUUGAGUGUUCUUCUCUUGAAAGAUAAUCAUUUUCAUGGUAAAGUUCCUGUUGAGUUAUGCAAGUUGCAUUCUUUAAGCAUCAUAGAUCUUUCUCAAAAUAUGUUUUCUGGUCCUAUACCUUCUUGCUUGGGAAAUUUAUCUCUUCUAAUGCAAACGAAGAAGAUUCUAGACACUGAGUUCUAUGGGCCUAUAGAAGAGGAUGAAACAACACGCAGUAUGAUACUAAAUUUGGGAAUAGAUUCUUCCUAUCCUGACAGCUACUUAGAAGAAGUAAUAGAGUUCACAACAAAGAGUGGGAUCUUUUUGUACGAGGGCAACAUCCUUUCAUAUAUGACCGGGAUUGAUUUAUCUUGCAACAACUUAACUGGUCAUAUCCCACCAGAAUUAGGGAACUUAAGUGAAAUCCAUUCUUUAAACUUGUCGCACAAUAAGUUGACAGGAGUUAUACCCUCGUCAUUCGCAAAACUACAUCAAAUUGAGAGUUUGGACCUUUCUUACAACAAUUUGAGUGGUGAAAUCCCCAAUCAGUUGGUAGAGUUGAACUCUUUGGAGGUUUUCAGCGUGGCAUACAACAACUUGUCAGGUAGUAUUCCCGAAAAAGCUCAAUUUGGGACCUUUAUUGAAAACAGUUAUGAGGGAAAUCCUUUUCUUUGUGGAGCUAUAUUGCAUAAAAGUUGUUCCAAAAUCGAUUCGCCAUCAACGAUAUUAACUGUAUCAGAAGAUAAAGGAGAAGAUGGUUUGAUAGGUGAUUUUUGUGUGAGCUUUUUGGUUUCUUAUGUAGUUGUGUUGUUGACAAUUUUUGUUGUCCUCUACAUAAAUCCAUACUGGCAAAGAGCUUGGUUUUCUCUCGUUGGGAAAUGCAUCACCACCUGUCGCUACUCAAAUGUGGGCAAGUUUCUUACUUAUCACAUUUUCAAGCGAUAUGUUUAGCUACUCAAAUUGUGAUUUGAUUUUCACACCUAAAUGUUUAAUUAUGCUAAGUUGAGCGAUAAUUAAUAUUUUGUUGAUUUUUGCA